CGCCUUCGUAGUUUUGUGCAGUAUCCAUUGACAGCGGCUAAAUCUGCCAUGCUCCUGGCCGAAGAUGGGUUUGUUUACACGGGAAAGGGCGGGGAAAGAGAUGACGCGGUCACUUGUUACUUUUGUUGUCUACAGAAACUCGGCUGGCAAACUAGGGACAUCGUUUCAGACAUUCACAGAGAAAUGUCCCCGCAUUGU